AUGGUCUCGUCGCUCAGCAAAGCGGUCAAACGCGUGAAGGAUUCCAUCUCCAGUAAAGAGCGGUCUCGCGAAGAUUUAAAAGUCGGUAUUGCCGGUUUUUACGAUCGCAGCAGUCAGCUCUGGGAAAAGGUGUGGGGCGAGCACAUGCACCACGGAUACUACGUUCCGGAAAACCGCACGGAUCACGUGCAGGCACAGAUUGACCUGAUUGAUGAAGUGCUGAAAUGGGCCUCGGUCGACGCUCCCGCCGUCAAACGAGCGGUAGACGUGGGCUGUGGGAUUGGCGGAUCCAGUCGGCAUUUGGCCCGCAAAUACAACUGCGUUACGGAAGGAAUCACAUUGAGUCCAUACCAGGCCAAUCGAGGAAACGACCUUGCCGCUGAGCAAGGAUUGACGGAUCAGUGUAAUUUCCAAGUUGCCGACGCGCUUGAUAUGCCCUUCAAGACCGGCAGCUUCGACCUUGUGUGGAGUCUCGAAUCGGGAGAGCACAUGCCCGACAAGAAGCAGUUCGUCAACGAGCUAUUCCGGGUAGCGCGUCCCGGUGGUCGAAUCAUCAUUGUCACGUGGUGUCACCGGGAUUUGGAAAAGGGCGAAACAAGUUUAACCAAGUCGGAGAUGAAGUUACUGAAAAAGAUCAACCGGGCGUACUAUUUACCCGAAUGGUGCAGCGUGCAGCACUACGUGGAUUUGUUGGAAGCAAAAGGUGCCACAGACAUCCGGCGCGAAGAUUGGUCUUACAUAAUUGCUCCAUUUUGGAAGGCUGUAAUCAAGUCUUCCCUUAAUCUGCGGUCGGUCUGGGGUUUGAUAAAUUCUGGAUUCAGCACCCAACGUGGUGCCUAUGCCAUGUUGCUCAUGCUACGAGGAUUCAACAAGGGACUCAUCAAAUUUGGCCUUUUAACUUGCACUAGACCGGAAGGCCCUGGAACUCCAGCAGAUAGUUUAAAGAUGAUUAACUAGCUA